AAUGGCCAGACUCCGCUCAUGUUGGCUGCUGAGCAAGGCAACUUAGAAAUUGUCCAAGAGCUUCUCAAGAAGGGAGCUAAUUGCAACUUGGAAGAUGCAGAUAAUUGGACAGCUCUUAUUUCAGCAUCUAAAGAAGGACAUGUGGAUAUCGUAGAAGAGCUGCUCAAUUAUAAUGUCAGUUUGGAGCAUCGAGACUUGGGCGGAUGGACGGCUCUGAUGUGGGCAGCCUACAAAGGCCGUACGGAAGUAGCUGAGCUGCUCCUUGAGAAAGGAGCAAAUCCAAACAUCACGGGAUUGCAAUACAGUGUUUAUCCAAUUAUUUGGGCUGCAGGACGAGGCCACUCAGAUAUAGUGCAUCUCUUGCUGCAACAUGGAGCUAAAGUGAACUGCUCUGACAAAUAUGGAACCACCCCUCUGGUUUGGGCAGCAAGGAAAGGUCAUUUGGAGUGUGUGAAGUAUCUGCUGCAAAUGGGAGCUGAUGUUGAUCAGGAAGGAGCUAAUUCUAUGACUGCACUUAUUGUAGCAGUGAAGGGUGGCUAUACUGACUGUGUUAAAGAAAUACUGAAAAGGAACCCAAAUGUCAAUUUAACAGACAAAGAUGGAAAUACAGCUUUGAUGAUUGCAUCAAAGGAGGGCCAUACUGAAAUAGUGCAGGAUCUUCUUGAUGCUGGAACCUAUGUGAAUAUUCCUGAUAGAAGUGGAGACACAGUGCUGAUUGGAGCUGUGAGAGGAGGCCACGUGGAAAUCGUGAGGGCCCUGCUCCAUAAAUACGCUGAUAUAGACAUUAGAGGCCAGGAUAAUAAGACUGCUUUGUAUUGGGCAGUUGAGAAAGGAAAUGCCACAAUGGUGAGGGAUAUCUUGCAAUGCAAUCCUGAUACUGAAACAUGUACAAAGGAUGGAGAAACACCACUUAUAAAGGCAACUAAGAUGAGAAAUAUUGAGAUAGUAGAGCUCCUUCUGGACAAAGGAGCCAAGGUUUCUGCCGUAGAUAAGAGAGGAGACACUCCCCUUCAUAUUGCCAUUCGUGGAAGGAGCCGUAAACUUGCUGAACUGCUCUUAAGAAAUCCAAAAGAUGGUAGAUUGCUUUAUAGACCAAACAAAACAGGAGAAACACCUUACAAUAUUGACUGCAGUCAUCAGAAAAGUAUUUUAACACAGAUAUUUGGAGCCAGGCACUUGUCUCCCACGGAGUCUGACGGCGACAUGCUGGGCUACGAUCUCUACAGCAGUGCUCUGGCUGAUAUUCUUAGCGAACCCACCAUGCAGCCACCUAUUUGUGUUGGGUUGUACGCGCAGUGGGGAAGUGGAAAAUCUUUUCUUCUCAAGAAACUGGAAGAUGAAAUGAAAACUUUUGCAGGACAGCAGAUUGAGCCUCUGUUCCAGUUCUCUUGGCUUGUUGUAUUCCUUACACUUCUGCUGUGCGGAGGUUUGGGAUUACUACUUGCUUUCACAGUGGAUGCAAAGCUUGGAAUUGCAGUGUCCCUCAGCCUAUUAGCAGUUCUUUAUAUAUUCUUUGCCGUAAUUUAUUUUGGUGGUCGAAGAGAAGGUGAGAGCUGGAACUGGGCCUGGGUGUUAAGUGCCAGGCUGGCAAGACAUAUUGGGUAUUUAGAGUUGCUUCUCAAACUCAUGUUUGUGAACCCACCAGAACUACCAGAACAAACCACUAAAGCUUUACCUGUCAGAUUUUUGUUUACUGACUACAAUAGACUGUCCAGUGUAGGUGGAGAAACGUCACUGGCUGAGAUGAUUGCGACCCUCUCCGAUGCGUGUGAAAGGGAAUUUGGUUUCUUAGCAACAAGGCUAUUUCGAGUCUUCAAGACAGAAGAUACCCAAGGUAAAAAGAAAUGGAAGAAAACUUGCUGUCUCCCAUCCUUUGUGAUUUUCCUGUUCAUAUUGUCCUGCAUUGUCUCUGGGAUUGCUUUGCUGGCCAUAUUUAACGUGGAACCAACAAACAUGACAGUGAAUGCUAUUCUUAUAGCAGUCGCGUGCGUUGUUGGCUUGGCCUUUAUCUUGAAUUGUCGCACCUGGUGGCAAGUGAUGGAUUCGGUUUUAAAUUCUCAGAGAAAACGUCUUCAUCAUGCUGCCUCCAAGCUCCACAAGUUAAAAAGUGAGGGGUUCAUGAAGGUUCUGAAAUGUGAAGUGGAGUUGAUGGCCAAAAUGGCAAAAACCAUUGAUAGCUUUACUCAGAAUCAGACAAGACUUGUUGUAAUUAUUGAUGGGUUGGAUGCUUGCGAACAAGACAAAGUUUUACAGAUGCUUGAUACGGUGCGAGUGUUGUUUUCGAAAGGCCCUUUUAUUGCUAUUUUUGCAAGUGAUCCACACAUUAUUAUAAAGGCUAUUAACCAAAAUCUUAAUAGUGUCCUUCGCGAUUCAAACAUCAAUGGGCAUGAUUACAUGCGAAAUAUAGUCCAUUUACCUGUGUUUCUGAAUAGCCGUGGGCUGAGUAAUGCAAAAAAACUGAUGGUAGCUUCAACGACCAAUGGAGAUAUUCCCUAUACAGAGAAUGCAGGACUACAUGAAGAAGUUGACAGAAGAGUUUCUCAGAACAGUCUUGGAGAGAUGACCAAGCUUGGUAGCAAAACUGCUCUUAAUAGACGAGAUACUUACAGAAGACGACAGAUGCAACGUACCAUCACUCGCCAGAUGUCUUUUGAUCUGACCAAGCUUUUGGUUACAGAGGAUUGGUUCAGUGAUAUUAGUCCUCAGACCAUGAGAAGAUUACUUAAUAUUGUUUCUGUGACAGGUCGUUUAUUGAGAGCUAAUCAGAUCACAUUCAAUUGGGAUAGACUGGCUAGUUGGAUCAAUCUCACAGAGCAGUGGCCUUACAGAACAUCAUGGCUCAUACUACAUCUUGAAGAGACUGAAGGUGUUCCAGAUCAGCUGACUUUAAAAACCAUUUAUGAAAGAAUUUCAAAGAAUAUUCCUACAACAAAAGAUGUGGAACCUCUUCUGGAAAUUGAUGGAGACAUACGGAACUUUGAAGUUUUUUUAUCUUCACGGACGCCUGUUCUUAUAGCACGUGAUGUAAAAACCUUUUUGCCAUGUACUGUAAAUUUAGAUCCAAAGCUACGAGAAAUCAUUGCAGUCGUUCGUGCAGCAAGGGAGCAAAUGAAUAUUGGAGGACUUCCCUAUCCCACGUUGCCUCUGCAUGAGGCCCCUGCUAGAGCAACAUCUCUGUUCAGUCAGCCUUCUUCAGCUUGCUCUUCAACAACCUCUUUUAAUGGACCUUUCAAUAACGGGGUUUUAUCACCACAACCUCAUAGCAGUUACUAUAGUGGUAUGACAGGACCUCAGCAUCCAUUCUACAAUCGGCCAUUCUUUGCCCCAUAUGUUUACAUGCCAAGGUAUUACCCUGGCAGUUCUCAUCUCAUCUCACGUCCACCACUAAAAACGAGUUUGUCCAGGGAUCAGAACAAUGGCCUAGAUGUUAUCAAGGAGGAUGCUGAUGAGGGUCUUUCUUCACCCACAGACCCCUCAAUGGGAGCAGGAGCAGGCACAGGGUCGGCCACAGGAGUGUCCCUUGUGCCUCUGAGCACAAUGAGCGUGGAAACUGUGUGCGAGAAGCUCAAGCAGAUCGAUGGGCUGGACCAGACUAUGCUUCCUCAGUACUCUGCAACUAUACGAAAGGCAAAUAUCAAUGGCCGUGUCUUGGCUCAGUGCAACACUGACGAACUGAAGAAGGAAAUGAAUAUGAAUUUUGGUGACUGGCACCUGUUCAGGAGCAUGAUACUUGAAAUGAGGAGCUCGGAAAGCCAGGAUGAAGCUCCUCUGCGUCACAGUAACUUAAGCUGGCAGUCACAGACUCGCAGAACUCCAAGUCUGUCAAGUCUUAACUCUCAAGAUUCUAGCAUUGAAAUAUCAAAGCUCACUGAUAAGGUGCAGGCAGAAUAUAGAGAUGCGUAUAGAGAAUAUAUUGCUCAAAUGUCACAGUUAGAGGGGGGUGCUAAUUCUACUACGGUGAGUGGUAGGUCCUCCCCUCACAGCUCAUCUGCUUUCUAUAUGGGGCAGAGCACAUCAGGGGGUUCCCUGCAUUCAAGUGCAGAACAAGAAAAAGGAAAAGAUGGUGAACAGAAACAAGAUGAUGGAAGAAAGUCCUUCUUGUUGAAGAGGAAUGAUGUUGUUGAUUACAGUACGUCAGGAGUUUCUACUAAUGAUGCUUCUCCUUUGGAUCCUAUUACUGAAGAGGAUGAAAAAUCUGAUCAGUCUGGUUCCAAGCUUCUCCCAGGAAAAAAGUCUUCAGAAAGAACAAGCAUUUUCCAGGCUGCAGAUAUAAAGCUUAAGGGAGUUACUCUCCGUUAUCAGAAACUUCCAAGUGACGAAGAUGAAUCAGGAACUGAAGAAUCGGAUAAUACUCCACUUCUUAAGGAAGGUAAAGACAAGAAAGCAGAUGGGAAGGCAGAUAAGCAGCCCAAAUCCCCAGAACAUGGAUCUGAACCGAUCAGAACAUUCAUCAAAGCAAAGGAGUAUUUGACAGAUGCCCUUUUGGAUAAAAAAGAUUCUUCUGACUCUGGUGUAAGAUCCAACGAAAGUUCUCCAAAUCAUUCCCUCCAUAAUGAAGGAGCAGAUGAUUCCCAGCUAGAAAAGGCCAAUCUCAUUGAGCUUGAAGAUGACAGUCACAGUGGAAAGCGAGGAAUUCCACACAGCCUUAGUGGCCUUCAGGAUCCAGCUGUGGUUCGCAUGUCUAUUUGCUCAGAAGAUAAGAAGAGCCCAUCUGAAAGCAGCUUGAUAGCGAGCAGCCCAGAAGAGAGCUGGCCUGCUUGCCAGAAAGUCUAUAAUUUAAACAGAACCCCUAGCACAGUAACCCUAAAUAACAACAGUGCCCCAACCAACAGAGCCAAUCAAAAUUUUGAAGAAACAGAAGGAAUCAGAGAUUCCUCUCAGAUUAUCCUGCGCCCCGGCUCAAGUUCCAGCUCAAGCGCAGUGCAGAACGAGAACCUGAAGAGCGGGGCCCACAAGCGGAGCCAGCGCUCGAGCUAUGCCCGGCUUUCCAAAGAUUCUUCCGAGCUCCACACCGUGGCCGCCUCCGAUGGCGCCAGGUUCGGAGAAGAGAGAGAGAGUAUCCUGUGAAAGGAAGGCAGAGGAAAACGGAGCGUGCCCCACGCUUGCAGCUUGCUGGGCAUUCUUUGUCAGUGUGAGGCUAUGACAGCAGUGUAGUUUGAACUUUCCAUUCAGUAAUUAACAGAUCUAGAUUAUUCUCAGUCAUUUUCUUGGAAAGAAGAAAUUUGCAAGAAGCAAAAGUCCUUCAGACUUUCCUUCU